CGCGUCGGCCACUUCGAGCUCCAUCAUGAGCUAGGGAAGGGCGGUUAUGGCCGCGUCCUAAUGGCGAUCGACCUGAAGCGGGGCGAAACAGUGGCAGCAAAAGAGAUAGACACCGGAGGCUCGUUGGACCGCAAAAAGUCCAUUGCGCAUGAGAUAAAAAUGCUCCGCCGUCUCGACCACCCUGGAGUGGUAGGGCUGCGCGGAUUUGAUGAGGUGGGCAAGCUGUGCUACAUCUUCAUGGAAUUCGCGGCUGGCGGAGAUCUCUUUGAGCUAGUGCUGGCUCGAGGGCGCCUCAGCGAGGCUGAGGCCCGGCCUAUCUUUGCCCAAACGAUUUCCGCGGUGGCGCAUCUGCACGAGCGAGGCGUGGUGCACCGCGACAUCAAGCUGGAAAACAUCGUCGUGACCGCCGACGGGAACGCCAAGCUGUGCGACUUUGGGCUCGCGCACGCCUACGAGAGGCGGCCUGAUUCCCACCCUUCGGGCGCCGUCUCUGCCUUUGACCGAGAGCCACUUACGCGCGUCUGCGGCAGCGAGUCCUACAUGGCGCCUGAGGUCCCGAUGCGACGAGGUUACGACGGCCCCGCCGCCGACGUGUGGUCCUGCGGCGUGGUGCUUUUCGGUAUGCUCACCGGUUCUUUCCCAUUUGACGCUGCGAAC